AUGAUGUUAACACUCACUUAUCUACUUGUUUUUGGGCCAGCCUUUGGAUUAGCACAAACGGCAUGUACAGCACAAAAUGCAAAAGGAACUUGUAUUGCAACCAGUUCUUGUAGUGGUACAUCAGUGGCAGGUCUCUGUCCUGGUGCUGCAAACAUUCAAUGUUGCAUUCCAAAAGGUACGGCAUGCACCGCCAAUGGCAAAAGUGGAAGUUGUAUUGCUACGUCAUCCUGUGCUGGUACGUCUGUAGCUGGACUUUGUCCCGGUGCCGCUAAUAUUCAAUGUUGUGUUGCUGCUGGCGGUACAUCAGGUUCUUCUAGUGGACUUUGUGGAAGUUACGUUGGUGCUGCUGUUAGCUCAAUUAAAGGCAAUAAUAAUGUGAUGUAUUCCGUAGUAAAAAUAAGACAAGAACAUCUGACUAAUCCAGGCAUAUAUUCAUCGGCACCAACAGCAGCAGACAAUACCAUGACAACAUCAACAGCUUGUGCUUUCGAUAAGAUGGCGUCAGUUGCUGAACAUGCUGCAAGACCAGGUACCUCAAACCAUGGCCGUGGUGUUGCUCUCGACUUGAACACUAAUUGUGGUUCACAAAACGAUGCUGAACCAAACUGCAGUGGAAGUAGUGUUUAUCAAUGGUUGAAAAAUAAUGGACACCAGUAUGGAUUUAAACGUACUGUUCGAUCAGAACAAUGGCACUGGGAAUUUCGCGGAGUCGGUGUCUGUCGUACUAGCUUUUCAUAA